AUGAGUGAAAGUUCUGAUGAGGAGCAACAACCACCAAGGAAGAAAAGAGGAACAACACGACCAGAAAGUUAUAAACGUUAUAUCAUACGUGAUGCCAGAGUAAAGGGGGCAGGUUAUGUUUCCUACAAAGAACCUCCCCCUGCCCCACAUACCCGUACAGGAGGUAUUUUACAUGAGGCAAUUAUGGGUACUCUUGUAGCUUGGUGCACAGAGAAACUAAGAGUUUUAAACAUUUCAGUACUGAACUGUGUGCGACUACUGACCAGAGUCCUGCCGUACAUCUUUGAAGACCCUGAGUGGAGAGGAUUCUUCUGGUCAAGUCUUCCGGACCAGUCCCAAGGGGAGGACCGCGAGGAGUCCUUGCCGCUGGCUCACUCACUGCUCAACGCUGUUUGUGAUCUUCUGUUCUGUCCUGAUUUCACAGUAGCAGCAAAUAAAAAAUCUGGUCCAGAUAAAGCUGAGGACCUACAAGCGAUCGACAGUUGUGAGUAUAUCUGGGAGGCUGGGGUGGGCUUCGCUCACUCGCCCACUCGCUACCAAACUCAUGACGCCGCUCGCACUGAGCUGCUCAAGCUGCUGCUCACUUGCUUCAGCGAGACCAUGUACCAACCUCCUGUCGACCUGCACACGGCACCCAACAAGUGGAUCCAGUACCUGACCUCCGCAGAGAACCGCCAUGCCCUCCCCAUGUUCACCUCCCUGCUGAACACUGUCUGUGCAUACGAUCCUGUGGGCAUGGGGCUGCCGUACAACCAUCUGUUGUUUGCUGAUCCUGCUGAACCCUUGGUGGACGCUGCACUACAGAUCCUCAUCGUCACCUUGGACCAUGAUACCAGCCAGGGCGACGAUACAGCGGCCCCAGAUAAUCUGUUUAUCAACUACCUAUCACGAAUCCACCGAGAUGAGGAUUUUGCAUUUGUUCUACGAGGAUUCACUCGUCUUCUCAACAACCCUCUGGUACAAACUUACUUGCCCAACUCCACCAAGAAGGUGCAGUUUCACCAGGAGUUGCUUGUGUUCUUCUGGAAGAUGUGUGACUACAACAAGAAAUUCCUGUACUAUGUGCUGAAGAGUAGCGAUGUGCUGGAGAUUUUGGUGCCAAUUUUGUUCCACCUCAAUGAUUCUAGGGCUGAUCAGUCUCGGGUUGGUCUGAUGCAUAUCGGGGUGUUCAUCCUACUGCUGCUGAGUGGAGAGAGGAACUUUGGUGUCAGACUGAACAAGCCUUACACUGCCACCAUCCCCAUGGAUAUCCCGGUAUUCACAGGAACUCAUGCAGACUUGCUGAUCACAGUGUUCCACAAGAUCAUCACUACAGGACACCAGAGGCUUCAGCCACUGUUUGACUGUCUGCUUACGAUCCUUGUUAAUGUGUCCCCGUACCUGAAGACACUCAGCAUGGUGGCCAGCACUAAACUGUUACACUUGCUUGAAGCCUUCAGCACUCCCUGGUUCCUGUUCUCCUCCCCCACCAACCACCACCUGGUGUUCUUCUUGCUUGAGAUCUUCAACAACAUCAUUCAGUACCAGUUUGACGGCAACUCUAACCUGGUGUACACGAUUAUCCGGAAGCGCCAAGUGUUUCACUCUCUGGCCAGCCUACCCAGCGACUACGGCACCAUUGCCAAGAGUCUGACCAAACGGACGCGUAAGCACUUACCAUCCACCCAUGACUCUGACAACACUCCCGAGACGCCCAGCAUGGAGGGGUCCAGACCUGCCCUGCCAGCUGAACCCGGCACUCUCAAGGCAACGCUGCCAGACACACCAGGUAUAGAGAAGAUGACAGGACAGGAGUCCGGACACGUGAUGGGGGACUUGGCGGAUGUGGGAAGUACGGCAGCAGUCAAUGGUAAUGCGGAACCGGACCAGACAGCGGCACAGCCGGCACCGGCACCGGCACCAGCACAGUCGGCCCCUCACAGUCCUGUCAAGAGCAAGGCUGCCACAGUGCAUCGGUCUCCGUCACUGCCGGUGGGAGGGAACCAGUGGGUGCCCACCUCGGAGUGGGUGGCCUCGUGGAAGUCCAAGCUGCCUCUGCAGACCAUCAUGAGGUUACUGCAAGUGUUGGUGCCUCAAGUCGAGAAGAUCUGCAUCGACAAGGGGCUGACUGACGAGAGUGAGAUACUCAAGUUCCUGCAGCAUGGAACACUUGUAGGGUUGCUGCCAGUUCCACACCCCAUCCUGAUACGCAAGUACCAGGCCAACUCUGGCACCACAACAUGGUUCCGCACUUACAUGUGGGGCGUCAUAUACCUGAGAAAUGUAGAUCCGCCGAUCUGGUACGACACCGAUGUCAAACUGUUCGAGAUCCAACGAGUCUAGAGGCAAUGUGAGCAUACAUAACCUGUCAUCCACAGCCUUUGUCCAGCUUUACAAGUAUCGUUGUCUGUAAGCCCUGGUGAGGUGGAUUUAACCUCUUUCCUCAUAGUUUGGUCUGUAUCCAUCAUUAGGCACCUAAACCAUCCAUUUUUGGUUUUAAGAUUGAAAGGUAAAUUUCUGAUUACAAAACAAAUAUUUUUAUCGUGAUAGUAACAAUGCCUUCUUGGUUGUUGUAUUUGUUUUAAUAAUGACUGCCUUCAUUGCUCCAUAUAGUUCUUUAUUUUCCUUCGCUAUAUCUUAAUCUCCUUUUGCCUUCCUCAUGUACUUAACACUUGAUUGUUAAACUUUCCGUUGAAUUGUAAAGUUUAACUUUACAAAAAGUUCAUUCAAUUUGCCACCAGAUAAAAAAAACUAAUACUUAUGUUGGUGUGUUAGAAUCGGUUGUUAAGUUUUGUGUAAAGAAUGUUCACAUUUAAAUUUCAAUAUUCUUUGGAUGAAUUAUUUUUUAAAUAAUACAACAAAUAAUUACUUUAUAAAAAUUUUUUACAAUUUUUGUUAUUAGUUAUUUAUUUUAUAUAUUUUUGCUUGAUUUAUUUCUGUUUAAUAGGUUAAAAAUGCAACCACUUUGGAUAAGUUUCUAAAAUAUGUUAAGUGACAGUAUUGACCCGUAUAUUACAUAGAUAAAUAUGUCAAAAACUGCCUACUAUUCAAUAAAUGUGUAGAAAUGGCAUUAGUCUAAUUUAACGUCAAUAAAGAUUGAUGAAAAACUGGCACUCAAAUUCCCCCCCCCCCGGACCUUUCAACCUGCCGGGCAAGAAUACUGACCACUACAAUAUACAGCUUACUUUUGUCCAACAUUUAUUUUUUAUUUAAUUGCUUCUGUCACAUACAUCUUAUAAGCAUAAGUACAUAUGGUAAAUGUGACAAGUGAUUAAUAAAAGAAUCACAAAACAUAACAGCACAUAAUGAGCAUGUGUGGUAAGCUUUGAAGCUCAUCGAAUUAAACAAAUUUGUCACAAUAGAAAAUAUUGCAACCAGUUAAUACAUGUAUCAUGGACCUAAAAAAUUACAACUUUCAUUGAAAUCUCAAUAAUAUUGCAUCAGUUGUUCUCAGAAAGAUUUCAUUAUAAUUAGAAAUUAGUUUUUGACAUUAUUUUAUGGAUUUGAUCACUUGUUUCAAAGUUCAAGUGCUAACUUAUUCAAAACAUCAUUAUCGCUUUUUACGUGCUCCAUUCUCUCACGUGUUUUACAUGUGAGCACAAAAAUUAUCAUAUUUUGAAGUGUAUUUAAAUGUUACAGAAAUAUGCUAUGAAGCAUGGAACAUUCAGUCAGAAGUACAGUAAUAAGUCCAAGCUUUGUUUUUUCUGAAAUUGUAGGCCCACUGAAGUAAUCAUCACAAAACUAUCCGUUGUUAGCGUUUCUAGCCACACCUACACACUGUCCUUGCUCUUACAUUCUUAUUUCAUGUUUGAUAAAUGAAGGAAAUCAUUGUUCUGAAUAAAUACACUUGCGUUUCCCCAGAUAUCGUGAAACAAAUGCGUACAAUGUGCCAAACUGUUUACAGUUUUUCUCUACAUUAUCAACAAACAUUAAAGUCAAUAACUGUAAAUCCAUCUCAUCAGUGUGACAGUAAAAAUAAUGUCUGUAAAUUUUAGUUUAAUUUAUGUAUCGGACUGAACUGUAUUUUAGACAGGCAAAAAUGUUGUAAAGGCUCUGGGAACUUUAUUUUCAUAUUGUAAGGCUUAAGGCUUUUGUGAUUAAGCACUGACGUGUGUUGAAUGAGGGAUCUGUUUGAGUAGCUAGCGUUUCUUGUUUUAUACUGUAUACGUUUUCACACCCUUUCAUAGGUUUAGUUGCAAUUUAGUUUUUCUACUGUUUGCUGUAUACAUGCAGAUACAUUCCCUGUUCAGUGGUAAAAAUAACUUCAAUUCACAAUUCAUAAUUCACACAAAUGUAAAGUAAUUUGUUUAACACAUUAUUGUUCAUAUUUUUCACAUAGUUAAUAAGUUGUUUAAAAUUGUUGUACUAACCAAGUUUCUAAGAAAAAUGCCCUCCACAGCGAAUUAAAAUAUAAAAUUAGUGGAUGUUUUUUAUUGUUGAAUCACAGAACUUGGUGCUGAG